AUGACGAAAGAAGAGAUAAAGGAGAAAAAGAGAAAGUCUCAAGAUGAUCUGAAAACGGAGAGGAAAAAGCACAAGAAAGAUAAGAAGGAUAAGAAGGACAAGAAACACAAGAAGGAUAAAAAGGACAAGAAAGAUAAGCGGGAGGAGAGCAAAGAAAACUGUAUCGAGCAGAUAGAAAAGGUCGACACUGGUGCUGUUAUUCACAAGUCUUCCGAACCUGAGAUCAGUGCUUUCUACAAGGAAAAUGAAGUUAGUGUGGAUUAUCCAAUUGAAAGGCAUAUCCAGCCUGUGUUAACGUUUGAUGAGCUAUCCUUGGAUUCAAGAAUACAAUCGGCUCUUUCCGUUUUUACAAAACCAACGCCUAUUCAAUCUGUCUCCUGGCCUUACCUUUUGUCGGGGAAAGACGUUAUUGGUGUCGCCGAGACCGGUUCUGGUAAGACGUUCGCAUUCGGUGUGCCAGCAAUCAAUAAACUGGUUACUCAAUCCAGUAAACCGAAGGGAGUACAGGUAUUGGUCAUUUCGCCAACCAGAGAACUUGCCUCCCAGAUUUAUGACAAUCUGGUUCUUUUGACUGAGAAAGCGAAGCUAGACUGCUGUUGCGUCUAUGGCGGUGUGCCAAAACAUGAGCAAAGGGAAAAAUUAAAGAAGACGCAGGUGGUAGUGGCCACUCCAGGAAGAUUGCUGGAUCUGAUGCAGGAGGGCUCUGUGGAUUUAUCCAAUGUUUCAUACUUAGUGCUUGACGAGGCUGAUAGAAUGCUGGAAAAGGGUUUUGAGGAAGACAUCAAGAACAUUAUGAAAGAGACGAACACUAAAGGUAGACAGACGCUGAUGUUCACGGCCACCUGGCCAAAAGAAGUCCGUGAACUGGCCUCCACUUUCAUGUCUGAUCCCGUAAAAGUUUCGAUCGGUAACAGAGACGAAUUGAGUGCGAACAAGAGGAUUACCCAAGUUGUGGAAGUUAUUGAGCAAUUCCAAAAGGAGAAGAAACUACUUGAACUGCUGAAGAAGUACCAGUCGGGAGCCAAGAAGAACGACAAAGUGCUGAUUUUCGCCCUAUACAAGAAGGAAGCUGCCAGAGUCGAGCGGAAUCUGAAGUACAACGGCUACAAGGUUGCUGCAAUUCACGGUGACUUGUCGCAGCAACAAAGAACACAGGCUCUGAGCGAGUUCAAAUCCGGAGCUUCGAACCUCCUUUUGGCCACCGACGUCGCCGCUCGUGGUCUCGACAUACCAAACGUCAAGACAGUGAUUAACCUGACCUUCCCGCUCACAGUGGAAGACUACGUCCACAGGAUUGGUAGAACCGGGAGAGCGGGCCAGACCGGCACCGCACAUACCCUCUUCACGGAGCAAGAAAAGCAUCUAGCCGGUGCCCUCGUAAACGUUCUUAACGGCGCCAAUCAGCCUGUGCCAGAGGAUCUGAAGAAAUUCGGAACGCAUACUAAGAAGAAAGAACACAGCGCAUACGGCGCCUUCUAUAAAGACGUCGACAUGAAUAAGAAACCUAAGAAGAUAACAUUUGACUAA